AUGGAGAUUCAUUUUCAGCAACCAAACAUGCAACAAAAUCAGAAAUCAAUUUCAGUGAACAAAGGAGGAAAGUUCAAAGGAAGAAACAGAAACAGCAAUAACACAAACAAAUUUGUUGGUGUGAGACAAAGGCCAUCAGGUAGAUGGGUUGCUGAGAUCAAAGACACAACUCAGAAGAUAAGAAUGUGGCUUGGAACAUUUGAGACAGCUGAGGAAGCAGCUCGAGCUUACGAUGAAGCCGCGUGUCUUCUUCGAGGUUCGAACACUCGAACCAACUUCAUCACUCAUGUCUCAUUGGAUUCUCCUCUUGCUUCUAGGAUAAGAAAUCUUCUUAACAACAGAAAAGGCGAGAAAAAACAGGAAGAUAGCGCUGUUGCUUCUGCUCCAAGUAACAUCAACACUACUAGUAACACUAGUAAUACUGAUACAAAUACAAUUACAAGCAAUGAUGAUAACAAGGAGAAUUCUCUUUCGAGUGAGGCUACUCCGAAUAAAGAACUUUUUGAGGAUGGUUAUAAACCAGAAUUGAGCAAUUGCAAGGUGGAUUUUGAGUCAGGUUCACAAUCCAAUUUUUCAUGGGGAUUUGGACCUGUUUUUGAUCAUUUUCCAUUUGCUCAAUUCUUGGAUAUUACGAAGAACAACGAUGGAAUGAUCGAUGCGUCUAGCUUGGAGCUUUCGGAAUUUGAAAGAAUGAAAGUUGAAAGACAGAUAUCAGCUUCACUUUAUGCUAUUAAUGGAGUGCAUGAGUACAUGGAAGCUGUUCAUGACUCCAAUGAAACUUUAUGGGAUCUUCCACCUUUGUGCCCAUUAUUCUGUUGA